UAUUUCUAAUAGUAUCGAAACAAAUGGAUUUAAUAAAGGAAAUAAAUGAAAAAUAUCAGGCGCUUGAGGCGGAAAUAGAUAAGAAACUGGAAAAGGUGCAAGCUGAAGAACAGAAAUUAGAACGUCAGCAAGAGAGAAUCGCAGAAAAAUCCACAGCUGUGCAGUCGCCAAAGGUUUUAUCUUACGAGGAGGCUCUGCAGAGAAAUGCCAAUACCUUAAAAUCACUGGAAAUAGCUAAAGCUCGCCUACGUUCACGUUCUACGUAUUCACCUGUGGAGAAACUGCUGCAACGUGCCCUAGAGAAUUAUAAAAGGGAAUUGGAAAGUCUCAAUAAGCAAUCGAGAGAAGACUUUAAGCAGGAUGAGAAAGGAGAGGAUAAUCUGAUUAUGCAAAGUGUUUUAGAUGCCAACUGUAUACGAAAGAAGACCGGUGAAAGUCAUCGCAAUUGACGGAUCUGUUUUUAGAUCUGUUUUAUUUUUUCUUUUCUUGUGGAAUUCUACAUUAUGUACUUUUGCUAGAUAACAAGACGUGUCUCCCACUGAAAAAAAUUCAAUUCCCAAGCUGAAUAAAUAGACGCCGAGGUGUACACUGUAUACACAUGACCAAACGAGAGUUGUAUGCUUUUUCCUAGUGUAAACAAGAGCCCAAAACGAAUAAACAUGAGACCCAGCAACCUGUUGCAUGGAUCCAAUAACGAUUCCAUUUAAGAAUUUCGACAAAUAAUACUAUGAAUGCCAAAAA